AUGGACACCUCCAAAGACACGCCUUUUCCUCCAGCGGGUGAUCUCCCCCUUCAUCGCAACGCACCCCUUGCGCCCACACAAGAGCUUGCCUAUCGGAAAAAAUGUAUACAGCUAAAGCGCCGUCUUGCUGAGAUUGAGACCAACAACGAUGCUACGCGAAAGAGAAUCAUCCAGGAAACAGAACACGUGCAGAAGAUGCGCCUGAUGCGUGCCAUCCUUCUCAAUCACCUGCAGGACAUCAUGAGUGCUCCAGCUAAAAAGUUGACUCCCGAACAACUCGAUAAGAUCGGAGUUCUGGCAAAUGGCAGCAUGAAGCUGGCGGAGUUGGCAGGCAGUGGCGUGGCGCCAGAGUUACAACGCAGGAGACCUGAGGGGGAGGGAUUGCUGGACGACAGCUCCGAAGCGAGCGAAGAAGAUGAACCCGAGCCCGUCGAGCGACCUGAGCGGCGGAGAAGAACCAACAACACCUUCCGCGAGACCAUUAUGAAUACGACGACUCCAGGAGAAACAAUGCCGGCUAUGUAUCAACAAAGCACGCUACCCAACCUCGCUCCUGCAAGCUCUUUCUCACCCAUCCCUCCUCACGAUCCAGCAACGCUGACCUCCUCCUUUCGCGUCAAAUCUACUACUCCACAAGCAACCGCGAACCCCGCAACCCAGCAACAAUUUCCGGACGCGACAUAUCCGCAGUCAUCUCCUAUGCCAGUCAAUCAACACCUGGGUGUGUCAUAUCAGUCGCCGAGUCAACCACGACCGCCGAGCAUAGCCUCUGCACCAGAUGCCGGUGCGAAUGGUCUUGCGCGCUCUCCCGGCGUACCGGUACGCCCAGAACGACCGGAAGCACCCUAUGUGCAAUUUACAAUGCACAUGAGACCACAGUUGGAAGCCGACGACUACCCCCCCGAGCAAAUUCCUGCUCGUAUCCAGGCUGAGUGGGAUGGUCUCAGCGCAGAUAACAGGAAACUAUGGGACGACAGGUAUGAAGACCAGAUGAAAGAAUAUACGGCAGCGAUGGAUGCUUGGAAGCGCGCCAAUCGAAGAGAGCCAUCAGGUAGUGGGUUUGCAUCCAUCAACUCAUAG